CCACGAGCCAUUCCCGCCUCAACUUUGUUUCGGUCAAGAAGCGCAGCCUUCCCUCAUCCUUCUUCCUCCCUUUCUCUCUUCCAACAUCCCCAAUCUCCCUCACAACCCGUCACAAUGGCCUCUCGCACCAUCUCCAAGUCUGUUCGCUCGCCAUUGGCCCGCCAGCUGGCCGCUCCUCGCGUCCAGCAGCGCACCUUUGUUGCUGCCCGCAACCUGGUUCGUGCCGGCACUGCUGCUCGCCCAGCUGCCGUUGCUGGCCCUGCCCAGCAGCAGGUUCGCGGUGUCAAGACCGUUGACUUUGCUGGCCACAAGGAGGACGUCUAUGAGCGUGCCGACUGGCCUCAGGAGAAGCUUUUGGAGUACUUCAAGAACGACACCCUUGCCCUGAUCGGCUACGGCUCGCAGGGUCACGGUCAGGGUCUCAACCUCCGCGACAACGGCCUCAACGUCAUUGUCGGUGUCCGAAAGAACGGCAAGUCCUGGAAGGACGCCCAGCAGGAUGGCUGGGUCGAGGGCAAGAACCUUUUCGAUGUCGAUGAGGCCAUCUCCCGCGGUACCAUCGUCAUGAACCUCCUUUCCGACGCUGCCCAGUCGGAGACCUGGCCCGCCAUCAAGCCCCAGCUCGUCAAGGGCAAGACCCUGUACUUCUCCCACGGUUUCUCGCCCGUCUUCAAGGACGUGACCAAGGUCGAUGUGCCCACCGACAUUGAUGUCAUCCUCUGCGCCCCCAAGGGCUCAGGCCGCACCGUCCGCACCCUCUUCCGCGAGGGCCGCGGCAUCAACUCCUCCUUCGCCGUGUACCAGGACGUCACCGGACACGCCAAGGAGAAGGCCAUCGCCAUGGGUGUCGCCAUCGGCUCCGGCUACCUGUACGAGACCACCUUUGAGAAGGAGGUCUACUCCGACCUGUACGGUGAGCGUGGCUGCCUGAUGGGCGGUAUCCACGGCAUGUUCCUCGCCCAGUACGAGGUCCUCCGUGAGGCUGGUCACUCCCCCUCCGAGGCUUUCAACGAGACCGUUGAGGAGGCCACCCAGUCCCUCUACCCCCUCAUUGGAGCCAACGGUAUGGACUGGAUGUUCGAGGCUUGCUCGACCACCGCCCGCCGUGGUGCCAUUGACUGGACCCCCAAGUUCAAGGACGCCCUCAAGCCUGUCUUCAACGACCUCUACGCUUCCGUCCGCGACGGCACCGAGACCAAGCGCUCGCUCGAGUACAACGGCCAAAAGGAUUACCGCGAGAAGUUCGAGAAGGAGAUGGAGGAGAUCCGCGGUCUCGAGAUCUGGAGGGCUGGCAAGGCUGUCCGCUCUCUGCGUCCCGAGAACCAAAAAUAGACAGUGUGACGAUGGACAUGGGGAGGGAUAUGAUCUGGGCUUGUUCAAAUACUGCGAUUUGGCUUAAGGAGCUAUGCUAUACCACUUGGAGUCUAAGGCGACUAUGAUGAAAAUGAAAAUUGCAAUCAUGUACAAUUCCUGCGCCAUGCGUUCAUACAAAUGUGAUCGACAGGACCAGAAAAGAUGCGUUCGCGUCCGACAGCGGCAGCCAAGUCUAGCUGUCCCUCAUAAGCUCAUUGCCUCAACAGGCAGGCCCGGAGGACCGACAUGGACUGGAGUUUCGUGAGCGGUUGGACUCGGAGACUGGCCACUCUAGUCACGUGGUAUCCCCGGUCUCAGGCAAAGGUACCCGUCAGGAUUCUGGAACUGGGUCCGGCCGCGG